AUGUCAUCUUCCCCCAUUGUCCUGCUCGUCGGCAAGCACUGUUACAAGGCCUUCUUUCAGGAGCUCAACAAUUUUUUCUCUAUAUUGCUCACCAUGGUCAAGUUCAAGUUCAAGUUCUCCGUGUUCAAGGCAUCCCCGUCAUUCUUUGUUGUCUACAACAAGGCCACACGUGAGGUCAAACAACUCAUACUUUACACAUACCAUGCAAGCCACUUUCUCUAUGGGCUACGAUUACAGAACGGCAAAGUGAUCAUCAUUCCGGGCGAGGCUUUCUGUCGACACAUCGGCCCUAUGGGCAUGAUGUGCUUCAAGAACACUCCAUAUGAGAAGACGGGCGCGUUACGAAAGCACUAUAAAGAGUGCCACGACUUGGGAAUAAUCUCGAAGGAACCCGGUAGCCACAGGGCCCGCUACCAGAACGAAUUGACAUGUCUAUAA